CUUCUGAGGUCCAUCUAUUUGUCAAACAACAUUUGAAUUGUGUGUCACAUUUCGCUGCUCAUGGCAUAGUGAAACCAUAAAUAGUUAUGAUAUAUUUUUUAAUUACCCUGUUGCUUCAGAUCAUAAUAAUAACUCUUCUGUUUUUAAUUGGGGUUUUCUUGAUCUUGGCCCUGAUUACACGAUCCGUUUGUCUUUCUCCAGCCAUCAAAGGAUCCUUAUUCAAAGAUGGGAACUUGUCCAACAGUGAUCUUACUGUCUCUAGAGUUAUCAAUAACUAUAAAAGAUUGAAAGAAAGAUUGCCUCCAAUAAACAAUUAUUUUAAAAGCAAUCUGUUGAUUUCUAAGAAUGUUGAUGCACUUAUUGAGGAUAUCAUCGACUUGGUUUUCCGUGAUUACAUUUAUGAAUGGUACAACGAUUUGGCUCAAAAUGAUACCGAGGAUCUUGAUGUCAAAUUGAAAAAUGAAAUUUGGACAAUGCUCUCUAGGUUAUUGGCGAUUUGCCGUCAGUUUGAUGAUGUUUCCUUUCUGACUAAAGAUCUAGUCACAAUCAUGCAAUCUCACAUCAGCAAGAUAUCUUCAAUCCUUUCAAAACAAGAUUCCUAUGAUCUGUAUAAUCAUCUGUCAUCCGAAGCGGAAGAAAUUGAAUAUCUCAACAAAGUUUCAUAUAUGCUUCUUGUUUUACUUUUGCCUGCUCGUUAUGCAAAAAGCCAGCCAUUGGUUAACCUACUGAAAGAAAUUCUUGGUAUCCAUGUUUUACACAACCUUAUUGAGAUGCUCUCAGAUCCUGAUUACAUUAAUCAAAAGAUUGUUGAAUAUAUCAAGGGUUACCUGGACGAAAGUGAGCGCCAUCGUAAAACUUACGCAUAUGCAAAAUCUUACGAGGACUUUGUUGAAAUCAUUAAAAGUUGCGUGUCUAUUGAAGAUCUCAAGAAAAUACGCUAUCGAAUCGUUUCGGAAAUAAUGCAGGCUACAGCAUUAGAAAAUUUAAAAAGACAAAAGCUUAUGGACAAAGAAGCAAGGCCAAGUCAAUGUACUUCUUUAGCGAAAGGAGACUUAUUACUCAAUCGUGAUUUGAAACGUUAUAUUAAUAACCUACAAUAUGCAAAAAAUUUGUGCUCAAAAAGGAUUAACCAGCUGAUUAUGUAUGCUUAUCCGUCAAUUUCACAGACAAAUAUCAACCCAGAAAGUGUCCUCGUUGUGGAUGGGUUGAGUUAUCCAAAGCCUUUGAAGAAAAAGAUUUUAGCCUUUGAUAUAAUAAUCAAAUCUGAUUUGUGUAGGAGUUUUUUACGCCGCUUUUUGCAAAAUUCAUUGGGAAAUUCAACUGACAUACCUGAACGAACUUCUAAAUAUCUUGUGCUCUUUUGGGAAUCAGUCGAAGAGAUGAGGAAUCAAAAAGGAGUAAAACAAUAUCAAAUCGCCAAUGAACUUCUUAAACAUUCUUAUUUUCUUAAUUCUCUCAACAUUCACAUAAAAUUGGGGAAAAAUGACCGCAAAGGAAUGGAAGCAUUUGUGAGAGGAGACAAAGGACCGGAAUCAUUUUAUGAAGCACAGCAAGCAGUUUAUUCAGUUUUGAUUAAUCGUUACUAUCCUUUAUUCAUUGUCAGCAAAGAAUAUGAUGAAAUGAUUGAAACUCACAACGAAACGGAUCUUUUUGGACAAAUCAAGUGCGAAGAAAAUGAUGAAAGCAAUAGUCAACUAUCAUCUCUUGAGUUAUCAAUUGCAUAUGAUGGUCAACAAUCCCAACGUAACUCUCGAUCAUCAGUAAUAGAUGAACAUAUAUGCCAAGCUCGUUGUAAACUGAAAGCCUUAAAUAAGAAAAUUGAUGGUAAACAACAAGCUUUAGAUGCUAUCAAAGAAUCUGGACACGAAUCCAAUCCUAAAUUAGCAGAGUUGCUCAUGAAAGAGAUUCAAGAUUUAAGGGAGGAAAUGUUUGAAUUGGAAAACCAUAUCGUUUGGUCUGACAACUGGUUGGAUAAUCUUGACAAGUGGCGAGCUGAACUUCACAAUAUUCAACUAGAGACUCAGCAAAGCACUUCUCCUUUGGUAAUCAUCAUAAUUAGUUCUAAAGAUGCUAAAGUGGAAAAAUCAAGCGCUGAUGGCUGGAUAAUUGCACGAACAAUUGCUGAUUUUAUUGAGCUAAAACGUAAACUAGUCAGAAUAAACUCAAAUCUCAAACGAAUUGAAAUACUCAGAUUGAAAAACGUGGCACCUACAAAUGUAAAUUUGAUUAACCGAGCAAAGGUGAAUCUCCAGCUAUUUCUAGAUCAAAUUUUCAGAGAUGAAAAUUGUGUCAAAUCGGAAGAAGUUUAUCUUUUCUUUUGUCCAAGUUCUGGUAAUCUCAGAGUUCCAUUAUCUUUCUCAAAGCAAUUUAAUUUUUGGAAUCUUCCGUUUGCAUCAUUUUUUGGUAUUAACAAUCCUGAUGGAUCUGAAGCAAGUUCAAAUAAAGGAAACAAUGGUGAUAGCAGCGAUGAAGAUGUUGAUGAUCAAUCCUUAUUUGACGAUGAGUUGGAAUCAAAGGAUGAUAACAUUGCUGAACCUCUUUAUAACCUUUUAACUGAAAUAUUUGAACUUAAAGGAGCAAUGGGCUUCCUUCGGCGUACUUUAAUCAUAUUUGUCCAUACAACAUAUGGACAGACCAUUAAUAAGCAACUCAGAGAGACCGUUUCUUGGACAUUUUCCGAAUCAAUGCUGCAUUAUUAUCUAUCUAAUUUAAAACUUGCCAUGUGGCCUGACGGUAAAUUAGCUCAGUCAAGAGAACCUUCAAAUGAGGCAACUCGGCGAAAGAAUCAAUUCGAAGCCAAAAGACUUCUAAUCGAUAAUGUUCCAGAUAUACUCAGUAACUUAUUUGGCCAACAAAAUUGCCGCAAAGGGCUAAUUAAAUUAUUCGAUUUUAUUCAAGAUCAAAAUCUCAAUAAGCAGCUUCUAUACGAAAUUCUCGAAGCCUUCCUUUUACAGUUCGUACCUCAAGCGAAAGAGACAAUUUGAAACUGCUAUUUCCUCGCAAUAGGAAAAUAUUAUCAAGUGUGAAAUACAGUUCCUUAACUAGUAAAUACAUAAUUUUAUACGGAUCUUAUUACAUUAUUUAUCAAUAAUUUGUUAUUGUAAUUUUGCUAGAUAUAAUCAAGAAUCUAUUGAAAAUAGAAUUACUUGAUCGUGAUUGCCUUGAAAAUUUUUAUCAAAGAAUUAAAAUUAUAUUUAUUUCAAAAAA